AUGAUGGCGCCGCCUGCCAGAACCGCCGGCGCCGCCUUGACUCUACUUUCAGUGAUAGGCGUGCUCUCUUGCAUAUUUCUGUACACCACCAACAAGUCUCGCUCGAAAUCAUCUACACGAAAGGACACACUCAAGAAGCCCAAAAGUGGUCUCGUCGCCGCCAUUGGCAACACCCCUCUCAUUAGGAUUAAUAGCCUUUCUGACGCUACUGGAUGCGAAAUUCUGGGGAAGGCAGAGUUCUUGAAUCCUGGAGGUAGCGUGAAAGAUAGGGUCGCAGUUAAAAUCAUUGAAGAGGCCUUGGAAUGUGGAGCUCUAGCUCCUGGUGGGGUAGUUACAGAAGGAAGUGCUGGAAGCACAGCAAUCAGCCUUGCAACAGUUGCUCCAGCCUAUGGAUGCAGGUGCCAUGUAGUAAUCCCUGAUGAUGCUGCAAUUGAGAAGUCUCAAAUUCUAGAAGCUCUCGGCGCCAAUGUCGAAAGAGUUAGACCGGUUUCAAUCACGCAUAGAGACCACUUUGUCAAUAUUGCAAGGAGAAGAGCAUUGGAGGCAAAUGAACUAGCUUCAAAGCGCCAAGAAGAAGGUAGCAGGGUUAGCAGUCACUUAAAUCAGAAUAUCAGCCAUGAUCCGGAUGAUUUAACACAUAGUUCAGAAUGUUUAGCAGAUUGCAAGGGAGGUUUCUUUGCAGAUCAAUUUGAGAAUCUUGCCAAUUGUCGGGCUCACUAUGAAGGAACCGGGCCCGAGAUCUGGGAACAUGUUGGCGGGAAAGCGGAUGCAUUUGUUGCUGCUGCUGGCACUGGUGGCACUGUAGCAGGAGUUUCUCGAUUUCUGAAGGAAAAGAAACCUUCCAUCAAGUGCUUUCUGAUCGACCCACCUGGUUCUGGUUUGUUCAACAAGGUGACAAGAGGAGUGAUGUACACUAAGGAGGAGGCUGAAGGAAAGAGAUUGAAGAACCCUUUCGAUACAAUCACUGAAGGAAUUGGAAUCAACAGGUUAACGGAAAAUUUUAAAAUGGCUCAACUUGACGGGGCGUUCCGGGGCUCGGAUAAGGAAGCUGUUGAAAUGUCUAGGUACUUGAUGAAAAAAGAUGGCCUCUUUCUUGGCAGCUCUUCAGCGAUGAACUGUGUGGGGGCCGUAAAAGUCGCACAAAAACUGGGACCCGGUCAUACGAUUGUCACAAUUUUAUGUGACAGUGGGAUGAGGCACCUGAGUAAGUUUUACAAUCCCCAGUAUCUGGCUCAGAACGGCUUGACGCCUUCAGCUGUUGGAUUGGAGUUCCUCGGUUACAAUACUGACGUGAAGACGGUAAACGGGAUACACACGACAUCCUAG